AUGAGUCUCAGGGUGACUAUACUGAUUUAUUUACUGCUGCUCGUUGACAAGGCUGAUUCCAAAAAAGGUGUCAAAUGUGGAGGGAUCCUUUCUGCUCCAUCUGGUAAUAUCACCAGUCCAAACUUCCCGGGCCUUUAUCCCUACAACAUCGACUGUUCCUGGCUGAUUGUGGUGGCAGAAGGCUCGUCCGUCCUCCUCACCUUCCACCACUUUGAGCUGGAGUACCACGCCAGCUGUGCUUACGACUACAUCAAAAUCUACAACGGCGUCUCCGAGGACGAGGGGAACCUCCUCGGGACGUUUUGCGGCGACAUCUCCCCGCCUCAGUUCACCUCUUCCUGGAACGUCAUGUCCAUCAUCUUCCAUUCAGACCGCCAUGUGGCCUUCAGGGGCUUCAGUGUUGGCUACAGAAAAGACAUGUGCGGCGGGGUCCUGACCGGCCUGUCCGGAGUGAUCUCCAGUCCAGGCUACCCUCAGGAGUACAGCAACAAUGCGGACUGCUCCUGGGCCAUCCACGUCUCCAACAUGAGCGUGGUCACCUUGGUCUUCCUGGACUUCCAGCUGGAAAACAACGAGGGGUGCAACUUUGACUACGUGGCCCUGUUUGACGGCCCGACGGUCACCCACCGUCACCUCGGCAAAUACUGCGGGACCGAUAAACCCCCCAAUAUGGUCACCACUUCCAACCAGCUCUUGGUUGUCUUCAAGUCUGACUUCAACAUCGGAGGACGGGGCUUUAAGGCUUACUAUUACUCAGGUGAAUGCCAACAAGUCCUGUCAGCCGUGAGCGGCAACUUCAGCAGCCCGCAUUUCCCCAACAUCUACCCAAACAACAUCAACUGCCACUGGAGCGUCACGCUGGCUGCCGGCUACCGAAUCAAACUCUUCUUCCCGGUGAUGGAUCUGGAGGAUCGCAACAGCUUGUCGGAGGAGUGCGACUACGACUCGGUGGCGGUGUACGACGGGGACAGCGAGGCGGACACCAUGCUGGGCCGCUUCUGUGGGAGGGAGCAGCCGCCGUCUCUCAUCUCCAAGGGCAACAGGUUGCUGGUGGUUCUCAGCACGGACAGAAACGAAGCUCACCGAGGGUUCGCCGCCUCUUAUCUCGGAGUGGUGCCUGUAAAUAUUAGCUGCACGAGGUCAGAAUUCACCAUCCUGAUACCCCAGCAGUCUCUGCCGCAGCUGAGCCGUGAAAGCAUCUACCUGGGAAACCCAUCCUGCGCAGCACAGCUGACACCCACAGCAUAUAAAAUACUGGCUCAGUUUGUCCACUGUGGAACUGCCAACCAGCAACACAGAAACGUCACCAUGCUUGUAAACAAACUCUACAUUGAUUUCUCUGAUGGGAAGCAGCAGAAUCUGCAAGAAUACAAGGUGCAGUGCGAUGCCCUGCGGAAGAUCGCAUCAGUGUCCAUCAUUUCUGCCGAGGAGCGUCGUCUGGAGGAGCAGGCCCAGCAGACUGACAAAAACAAUAAAGGCAACGGCGGGGAGCGCGAAGUCGAGCCUCAUGACUUGAGCGACAUUGUAUUCAUCAGCAUUUGUGUUCUGGCUGUCAUUCUCAUGGUGAUAGCUAUUGUUUGGCUGGUGCUCCUUUAG